AUGUCGGAAUCGCUCCCAUCUCAAACAUCAUUGACCACUGCCCCGAACAUCCCCCACCCUCAGGCAAAACGAACCAAAUCUUCUGCCUUACUCACACCCGAUUUACCUAAACUUCCUAUCCCACCUUUGAAAGAUACCCUCAAGAGAUAUCUCAGAGCUCUAGAGGGAUUGCAAACUCCAGAAGAACAUCAGAGGACUAAAGAAGUAGUCGAAGAGUUUCUGACGGAAGGUGGGGAAGGGGAGAAAUGGCAGAGGAAAUUGGAAGAGUAUGCGAAAGAGAAGGAGAGUUAUAUAGAGGAAUUCUGGUACGAAAGUUAUCUAUCUCACUCCGAUUCAGUCGUAUUAAGCUUGAACCCCUUCUUCGUACUCUCCUCCGACGUAACACCCCGUGCGGACCCACAAUUAUCCCGAGCAGCAUCCCUGAUCCUCUCCUCUCUGUCAUUCAUCCACGAUCUUCGAAAUGGCUAUCUCCAAGCGGACACGGUCAGGGGUACACCCCUCGAUAUGAGUCAAUAUGGUAGAUUGUUCGCUACCUGUCGUGUACCCACUGAUCGAGGAUGUCGGAUGGAAGUUCACGAGCAAAGUAAACAUAUUGUCGUUCUUAGGAGAGGUCAAUUCUAUUGGUUCGAUUGUCUCGAUUCGAAAGAUCGACCUUUGUUGACCGAUCGAGAGAUUCUGAACAAUUUGGAAGCGAUUGUGAAGGAUGCUGAUAAGACACCGGUGCAGUCUGUCGCGUCGAAUUCAGUUGGAAUACUCACCACUGAAUCUCGUAAAAUAUGGUCAUCACUCCGAGCCGACUUGAUCAAAUCGAACAAAUUGAACGCCUCUUGUCUGUCGGUGGUCGAAUCUGCGUUAUUUAUCGUUUGUCUUGAUGAUGCUGGUCCAGAAGAUCUUGCAGAAUUAUGUGGGAACUUCUUAUGUGGUGGAUAUAAGCUGGAGGGUGGUGUGCAGACUGGUACAUGUACGAAUCGAUGGUAUGAUAAGUUGCAAAUCAUCGUUUGCUCGAAUGGAGAGGCAGGUAUCAACUUUGAACACACCGGUGUAGAUGGUCAUACGGUAUUGAGAUAUGCUGCGGAUGUAUAUACAGAAUUGGUAUUAUUAUUCGCUAAGACAAUCAAUCCAUCUACACCAUCCUUAUUCAAAUCUAAAUUAUCUCCAUUCUCCAAAUCAUCCAAACAACCACCUAAACCUGAAGAUCUCGAAGAUGGAGAAGAAGAUCCUUCGUUUGAGAUCCAACCUAAAAAAUUGGAAUGGAAGUUGACACCUGACUUAUUGGCUGGUAUAAGAUAUGCUGAGACGAGGAUAAGCGAUUUGAUAUGUCAGAAUGAUAGUCAGGCUUUGGAAUUUAAAGGUUACGGAGGGAACUUCAUCAAGAGGCAUGGGUUCAGUCCGGAUGCGUUUGUGCAGAUGGCUUUUCAGGCGGCAUAUUAUGGACUGUACGGCCGAGUCGAAAGCACAUACGAACCUGCAAUGACGAAAGCUUUCUUGCAUGGGCGUACCGAGGCUAUACGUACUGUACAACCUGAAUCAGUGUCAUUUGUGAAGGCCUUCUGUUCAGAUCACGCAUCGGUUCAUGAAAAGGUCGAAGCAUUGCGAAAAGCUUGUAAAAAGCACACUCAGUUGACUAAAGAAUGUAGUCAAGGUCUAGGUCAAGAUCGACAUUUGUACGCGAUGUAUUCGCUGAUCCAGCGAGACAUUCAAGCCUAUCAUGCAUCAAGAGCAAGAGGUAGCUCAGCCACGAACGGAGUGAGCGGCUCAUACAACGGUAAUGGCAAUGGACCCAUAUCACCAUCAAGUCAAUCGGCCAUCCUCUUCUCACCUCAAACUCAAGUAUCCACCUUGAGUGGCGAAGGGAGCGUUAAUGGUGAUGCACCGACUCACGGUCAGGUACCUGGAUCUACUGCCCCGGAAAGCGAAAGACAAAAACCUCGUGUUCCAGCUUUAUUCAAGGAUCCGGGAUAUAACCUUUUGGGAACUAGUGUGCUGUCUACUUCGAAUUGUGGGAAUCCGGCUUUGAGGUUGUUUGGAUUUGGACCAGUCACACCAGAGGGAUAUGGAAUAGGAUACAUUAUCAAAGACGAGGGCAUAUCAGUCUGCAUGUCAUCCAAACAUCUUCAAACUCGAAGAUUACUUCAGACUCUCCAAGCGUAUCUUAUUGAAAUACAAAAAAUGUUAAUCACAUUAUGGAAGGAGGCGAAUGAGAGACCGGAAGCGUUCAUUGAUCAUACGGGUGUGAUGAGAGAUGCGAGAACAGGUAAAAAGGUGGAGAUGGAUGGUGAGGAAGAUAGGGAAGAUGAAGAACUAUUGGGAGGAUUCGGAUUCUUCGAUGUCGGAGUACAGGCUGCUCUACCUCAAGCGAGAAGGAGGAGACCUACCGUUGGUAAACAACUUGUCAUCGCCGAGUACUAA